AUGGCGCCUCUGAUAAACAGGAUUACCAACGCACUUGCCGAUGCCACAGCGCUCGAAAGGCUUCUGCCUGAAAUUUUAUCAUCGGACUCUCCGGACGGUUAUCUAGGGAACGCAUUCGUCCGAGCAGCAGCGGCUGGAUACAUUGAGAGUUAUAAGCUUACCGCUAGCGAAGUUUUCAAACAUCCCGAAAGGAAUUGUGAAAAAAUCGAACGAGCAAUAACUUGUGCUAUCCAACAACAUCAGGAUUGGAUAGCGAACGAUCUACUACAUCGUAUUUUGUCUUCCCUUCGUGGCCUCGAUCGCGAGAAUAUUUUGCAUUUCGCAUUGAUGUCAGCGGCUCGAGAAAACAACAUCAUCAUUUCGAAACAUAUCCUCAAGGAAGAAUUCUCAAUCCGAUUUUAUGAUGCACCACUCACUAUCGCGUGUGGCGCAGAUAGACCGGAGCUCGUGUCUCUUAUGGUAGAAUCCCUCAUGAAAAACAAGAGUGAGGAUGCGAGCACAGCCGCUAUUAUCCUCCGUGUUGAUGAAGGCAAUCGAGCAGUGCUCAACUCGGUCAAAAAAAAUCGUGGGAGAGUUCUCGAAAGUGCUCUAGAGCAAUCGACUAAAAGAAAGUUUCAUUCAACGAUUGCAGUUCUUUUGGUUCCAUACUUGGAGUGUGUUAUGCAUUACAGUUUACGUCGUGACCAUGACACUGCGCGCAAAAUUCUGAAGCAGAUUGACAAUGAAGACUACGCCCACAUUUCUCGCGAGUCAAGUAUAAGCUUGCUUUCCACAAACAUCCCGUCUGAGGCAAAAAGGUCUAUUUUACGUCGCCUUGAGCCGAAUUUGGAUAAUGAGCCAAAAGAUAUCUGUUUAUCCGUGGAAGAGCAACAUCUUUGGGCGCACAAGGACGUUCUCUCUUUUUGGUCGCCAUACUUCACCGCGUUAUUUCAUGGCGAAUGGGCUGAUCGAGAUCAUGUUAGCUUUGAUAAGGACAUCAUAUCAGCUGCAGCUCUGAAGUAUGUUGUUGACUUUGCAUACAGCGGGGAAUUCGUCAACCGAGGUUUGGACGUUUCCCCCGAAGAAAAGAUUCAUCAACUUGAGGAUCUUCAAGCCGCCGCUGAUUAUCUCAAUAUCGACGCUUUGAAGAAACAAAUCGAAGAGUGUUUAGGGUUGGAGUGA